AUGCUCGAGACAUCCGAGUCGCGUGUCUUCGAUCUACUCAAGCGAAUGUUUAAGUACUUUGGGAGGUUAUUGUUGUAUCACGAUCCGGAGCUGUACUGGCUCCUUGAAAGACAUAUGAUGACUCCUGAUCUAUAUGCCACAUCCUGGUUUGUCACGUUGUUUGCGAGGAACUUUACCGUCGAAUCGGUGCUAGCCCUCUGGGAUUUACUUUUAUUGGAGGACAAUCCCCUUGGGACUUCGUUUUUCGGAAUCGCCCUAUUGUGCUCGAAACGGGAGGAGCUCCUUUCGGUGGAUGAAAGCAGGAUUCCAGAGACCCUCAUGAUGCUCACCGCCAACUCUCCGGAAGAGGUGAGGAGGUUGUGGGAAAUUGGGAGCAAAAUGAGGACGGUACAUACCCCACCCUCGUUCCAGCGGCUCAUGACAGAUAGACUACUGCAAACCCCUGGCCAGCAUACGCGGGUAGGAUUGUCGGCCGCACGCGCCAUGCAGGCAUCUGUUUGUUUGCAGACUACCCCUGACGAUCUCGUGGCUGGCGAUGCUAACUACUUUACAUGGGACUGUCGCACACAAGACGAAUACAGUGCAGGGCAUCUUGCACAGGCCGCAUUUCUACCGCUUGAUGCUUUGCGACAGGCAGAUGGAAAGCUAACGAACGAAACAAACGAAGCCGCGCGAGCUGAACUACAAGCCGCUGUAGACCUUUGCGAGCCGCUCAAGGAUACGUCGCACAUAUGUCUUGUCGGCUCAGGCGUCAAGGAAGAAGAUACCAUGGACAUAAACAUGUUGGCUCUCUAUCUCACCAGAAUUGGGAUAAAAUACGUAUCAACACUGCGUGGAGGUUUUCAAGAAGCCUUGCAUGCCGCGACAAAUUCUGAAGACAACUUGAGCGGGGUCGAGCUUGUUGAUUUUGAUAAAAAGAAAUACGAACGCGCGCGAAAAGCUCGCAUCACCGCCCAGGCAAAGCGAAAGCAUAAUGCUGGGCGAAGGAAAGGAAGUGCGACACGGGAAGGUCACAAGUACGCUGGGGAUGGCUUUGCCACGGACGAUCGAAAAGUCGACACUACACAAGACGAUUCCCCCAUGAGAACGUCUGGGAACCUUGCAUCAGAGCGCGGAAGUAGUUCGCCAAGCGGGAUGCAGAGCAUCUCGUCGUUCCUGGAAAAGACAGAUGCCGAGGUAUCUCGAGCUCUCAACAAAGCACUGAGCGGUAUGGGGCUGAAAUAUAGUUUGUCGACCAUGAGCUCAAGGGUAUCAGGUGAGCCGACAACACCAUCAUCAGCCUCCACAACCUCGAGUUACAAUCCUUUUUCUCCUAAUUCAAUUGUUUCACCGGAGUCAAUGGGAAACCGAGGGUCCACCUCUGCGCGGGGAUCGAGUUCGAAUUCUUCCUUAAAGAGAACAGAAGGUCCUCAGUCAAAGAAAAGUUCUGGUGAACCCAAGUCUCGGCGGUCACGACCUUGCGCUAAUGGCAGCCGUAGCUGGGCAGAUGGCACAACAGACAAAAACCUACCAGUCAACAGCAGUCCAAGAUCAACUGCAACUUCACCAGCCACACCCAGCCCACGCCCCGGGGUUCAGUCAGAUCACACUAAUACGUCCACUGAAAGCCCAAGCCGGCAAAGGCAAAGCUCAUCUGGAUUGUUCGGGGGUCAGAAAUCCCCCUGGGGCCGCGAAGCGAAACCUGGGUGGCUUGGCGAUAGCUCGUUAUCAAUGUCGUUGUCGGCAAUGCCGAAAGGAUUCACCGUUAAUGUCAUGGAUGAUCGUGUAAUGGCUGGACUGCGUCUGUUUCCAUGCAAAGCGAGGUCUGAUCGUAACUAUGGGCAAGGCGGGCGUAGUGCGGAAUUCAAAAGGCGUUAUGUCGGCGUUUCUUCCAAUUACUUUUUACUACUAUGCCCAUACAGCAAUCGACACCAUUUGCUGGAAGUGAAACUAAUACGCUAUUUACAGGACAUCUCUCGCAUUACUUUCAAGAGAAACCGACCAGAAGUUGUGACAUUUGAGGUUUUAUCAAGCAACGAGAGCAAUAUUACACCUGAAUUUGUGGUUUGCUUAAUGCCUGAUGGCCUAACUGAGUGUGUCGCACUCAUCAAAGAGUAUCUUGCAGAGGGGGGUUUAUCAGAGGAGGUGGGGUCAUCCAGCCCGCAAGGCAUUGCGGCAUCUUCCGGACAGUUAGAAAGCGAUGUGGGCAAUGAUCGACAAGAUGUUGAAGAGGCAGCUCGCGUUUCAGGACAUAGUACCUCUCCGGUAGGUGGGAACACUUUUUUUGCAAAAGACCGAACAGAGUAUGAUACACAUACAGCAUUAGGCAGUCACGCACAGAAGCCCACGGACGGUACUCAGGCCUCAGGUGUAGAAGGCAGGCACUCUGUGAGUAGAAAAUCAUUGGAUGGCGAGAGUGAAGAGUUUGGAGAAUUUCAGGCGGCUCCUCGUCCCGGGUGAUAGAGAUGAAUCAUGGAGAUACGCACAUGUUUAUCGAUUUUCCUAUCGUUGGGCGUCAUACCACACCCACAGUCUGAAUUUGCGAGUCUAUCUUUUUUUGGUCCCACUAACGGUUGGCAGUCAUUUCACUAAAGGCAAUAGGUUGCUCUAUUGCAUAUUCGAGUUUAGGCUUCUCAAGAGACGUACCAAUAGUACAAACAUUUGUAAAAUCUGGCUGUAACAAGAACACAAAA